AUGGCUCCUCAUGCAGAAGCAGAUGCCGGUGGCAUGGAUGGCUAUAGCCUGAAUGGGUCGAGUGGACCAACGAGAUCUGUCGACCUCUUCACUGUCAAUUCUCCCGAUGUCACGUACACUGACGCUCAUAUCAAGAGCAAGUAUGUCUAUCGAACUACCUCGGUCACAAAGUCCCCAGAGGGCAAAUAUGUGGCCAAGCCAAAGGAGACCACAUAUGACUUUCAGGUUGACAGAAAGGUUGGCCGAGUGGGCAUGAUGUUGGUCGGUUGGGGCGGCAACAAUGGUACUACGGUUACCGCUGGCAUCCUCGCCAACCGACGUGGCCUUGUGUGGGAAACUAAGGAGGGCAAGCGUGCUGCAAACUAUUACGGAUCAGUUAUGAUGGGUUCUACUAUCAAGCUUGGUACUGACGAGAGUACUGGUGAAGAGAUCAAUGUGCCGUUCCAAAGUGUACUACCGAUGGUCCACCCCAACGACCUCGUCAUUGGUGGUUGGGACAUCAGCAGUAUGAACGUUGCUGACGCUAUGGAUCGAGCCAAGGUUCUGGAGCCUUCUCUGAAGCAGCUUGUUCGGAAAGAGAUGUCAUACAUGAAGCCUUUGCCAAGCAUAUACUAUCCCGAUUUCAUUGCUGCGAAUCAGGAAGACCGAGCUGACAACGUACUUCCUGGUAGCAAGGCUUGCUGGGGUCAUGUUGAGCAGUUGCGGAAGGACAUCAGGACCUUCAAGUCUGACAACUUGCUUGACAAAGUUAUUGUCCUCUGGACCGCUAACACUGAACGAUACGCUGACAUGGUUCCUGGCGUCAAUGACACGGCUGACAAUCUCCUCAAUGCUAUCAAGUCUGGUCAUGAGGAAAUCUCACCUUCUACCAUAUUCUCUGUGGCAUGCACUCUGGAGAACACUCCUUUCAUCAACGGCUCCCCUCAGAACACCUUUGUUCCAGGGGCUGUUGAGCUUGCCGAACGUCACAACGCAUUCAUCGGUGGUGACGACUUCAAGUCAGGCCAGACCAAGAUGAAAUCUGCCCUGGUCGACUUCCUCAUCAAUGCCGGCAUCAAAUUGACCUCAAUUGCAAGCUACAAUCAUCUUGGCAACAACGAUGGCAAGAACCUCAGCUCGCAAAAGCAGUUCCGCAGUAAGGAGAUAUCGAAGUCGAACGUUGUCGAUGACAUGGUUGCAGCGAAUAAUGUCCUCUACAAGGACGGCGAACAUCCAGAUCACUGUGUGGUCAUCAAGUACAUGCCUGCUGUUGGUGAUGAUAAGCGUGCGUUGGAUGAGUACUACGCCGAAAUCUUCAUGGGUGGUCACCAAACCAUCAGCAUCUUCAACGUCUGCGAAGAUUCUCUACUUGCCUCACCACUCAUUAUCGAUCUUGUCCUUGUUGCCGAGAUGAUGACCAGAAUUCAGUGGCGUCUUGCUGGUACUGAGCAAUACAAAGGGUUCCACAGUGUACUGAGUAUCCUCAGUUAUAUGCUCAAGGCUCCCUUGACACCUCCAGGCACGCCUGUUGUCAACAGCCUCAGCAAGCAGCGAAAUGCACUGACUAACCUCUUCCGAGCUUGCGUUGGGUUGCAACCAGAGAGCGACAUGACGCUUGAACACAAGCUGUUCUAA